CUGGGAAUGGGGCGAGGUGGGGGCAGAUGUGCGGGGAAGGGCCAUGUCCCAGGCUGUGCCGCUGGGUGCAGAGCACUCCACAGAUCCCCCACCACGCUCCUGGGAUGCAGUGCUGCCGGACCCCACUGCAGCCCCCAGCCCCAGAGCUGGGAUGGCAUCAGACCUCUGUGCACCUGGAAUGUGCUGUGGGUCCAGGUUGGCACCGGCACCCUCAGACCUUGGCUGGAGCAGCAGCACUGCACUUCCUCUAGUGAGAGGGCAAAGGGGAUUAGCAGCAAUUAACUCUGACGUUUUUGUGCCAGGUCUGCGGUGCCUGUGGGGAGGUAACAGCCAGUUUAGAUACCAAUAUCCUCAUGGCGCUUGGCAAGCAGCAUGAGUGCUAGGAGCAGGGCUCAGCAAGUAGCUGGGCUGAAGGGGUGACACCUCAGGGUGCAUGUGGCUCUGGGUGCUGUGGUGUGCUUGGUGGCAGGAAGGGACUGUGGGGGGGAGCCCCUGCACUGCUGGUGCCCAAGACCCUGCAACACUGGCACAACAGAGCUUUGAAAUGCCAGCAGUGCCCCUGCAAGGCUCCCCACAAGGCCGGGGCACCUGGGACUGCUGUGGGGCUGAGCAGUGUGCCUGGCUCUGGUGAGCACAGCCAGGAUUGCAGGAGCGCUUGGCUGGUGGUGAGUGACAAGCAGGAUUUACCUCGUCACUUCUGUGUCAUGGCAUUGCCAAGGAAAACUGAACAAGCUUCAUGUGACCACUGGGAAACACGAGCCUGUGAACAAUGAGGCAGUGGCUCACACUGAGGAGCGGCCGGUCCUGCACUCCGCGCUGGCACGGUGCUCUGUGCUGGCUCUGUGCUCCAUGCCUGCCCCUGUGUGUGGUGCCUGGUAUUGCAGAGGGGUUGUGCACCCCCAGAAUGGGGGUCCCAUACCCACCACCGUACCCCUGGGGCUGCACACACCCGCUAUGGGGGUCCCAUACCCACCGCCGUACCCCUGGGGCUGCGCACACCCGCUAUGGGGGUCCUAGGCAUACCCAGUAUGGGGAUCCCAUGCCCAUGCCGUGCACUUUGCCAUGUGGGGGUCACGUUCCCUGAGGCACCACGGGGCCGCGCUGUCGGGGGCGGUGCCGCUCGCUCCCUGAUUGAUUUUCCUUCCCGCGGCGGGGCCGGGUUUCCCUGGAAACCUUCGCACCCGCCGGCACCGACACCUGCGGGGCCUGGGAACGCGGCGGGGGGGGCCCUCCCAGCUCCGCCCCCACGCGGGGGGUCACCGCGCCCGGGCCGCCGCUCCGCGCACCCGCCGGUAGCGGGCACGGUGGCGGCUCCGCGCCGGGCUCAGCGGGCGGCCGCGCUCAUUAGGGGCAGCGUGUGAAACGCCAUUAGCGGGGGCUGCGGGGGACCUGCGGCAGGGGGGCGGCCGGGCUGUGGUCCCCCGGGCUGUGCCCCCGGCACCGGGCGCUGUGUCCGUGUCCUGCAGAGCCGCGCUGGACACCGGGACUGCCCGGCUGGGGCCACAGGGAUCUGGAGCUGGCACUGCUGCAGCUCACACCCGCUGCCAGCCCCACUGCGCAGUGCACUGCCAGCCCACUGCACAGCCCACUGAAGACCUUGCUAAAGGCCUUGCUUCAAAUCCCAUUGCAGCCCCCACAUGGGGGCCAAGCCCUAUCCCCAGGACGGUGCGGGGGGCUGGUGCUGCCGGGGGGUGGGCAGCACAGAGCAGCCUCACACUGCCGGGGUAAAAUUUGUCACUUGCCUGUUCAAAGCCGGCUGCCCUCAUCCCCCCCCACCCCAGCCUUUGAAGUGCUGCUGAUGCAGCCACGAAGGUGCCACUUCACACCUCCAGCCCUGCAUAAAGCUGGGGCAGCCGGGGGACACCAGCACACGGCCACACCACCAUGGCCCGCUCGGCAGCUCCAGGCCUCCCGCUCCCCACCACAGCCCUGCUGCAGGACUGGGGCUGCCGCGGGCCCCCGGACCCCGAGGGCUACAGCAGCAACUCACCCGCGCCCUCGCCUGACUCCUGCGGCCUCUCGUCCCCCGCUGCUGCCCGGGCAUCCUGCUGCAGCCCUGCUACCCCCCGCCUGCGGGGUGGCCCUGGGGGCAGGAAGGGGGUCCGGGGCCUGGGGCCAGGGGGCCCUCGGCAGAGCGCCAGCGAGCGGGAGAAGCUGCGGAUGCGGCGGCUGGCGCAGGCGCUGCUGCGGCUGCGGCACUACCUGCCGCCCACGCUGGCACCUGCGGGGCAGAGCCUGACCAAGAUCGAGACCCUGCGCCUCGCCAUCCGCUACAUCGCCCACCUCUCGGCCCUGCUGGGGCUCAGUGAGGAGGUGCUGGCCCGGCGGCGGGGGGCGGCCCCCCAGCACUGUUCCCUCUGCCCCCAGGGCCUGGGGUGCUGCCAGGUCCCAGCCCCCCACCUACAACCACCAGUCCCAGGCCCGCAGGACGCUUUGGCCCCUGACACUGUGGGCCGGGGGUCACCUCCCACAGCAGGGACACCCCUGGAGCUGCACAGGGCUUCUGAUAUGAGGCUGGGUGUCUGGGGGUCGCCCCCUUAUGGCCCUGCUGUGGAAACCUCCCCAGAGGUGCUUGGGGUUCCCAACAUGGGAACGGGAGUCUGGGGGUCACCCCCCUACAUCCCUGCGAUGGAGACCCCCUUGGAGCUGCAUGAGGCUGUCACCUCCAACGUGUCCUCCUGGCUGUCCUCUCCUCACUGCGCAGGGGCAGGAGCCCCCCCGGACCUCCCUGGUGACCCCCUCCUGGACACGGGGCUGAUGCUGCCAGAGUUCGUGGAUGCAGGGACUGUCACCCAGGAGCUCUCUGCAGACCUGCUCUCUCUCUUGGAAGCUCUGGUCCCACCACAGUACCAGGACUGACCCACAGCACCUGGCAUCACGCAGCUCCAUGAUGCACCGUCCAGAUUCCUGCAGCUCAGGGGAUGCAUUUUGCCCGUCGGACAUGGGAGGUGGAGGGGAGGAGCUGCCUGUGGUGUGAGCCCAGAGCUGUGCUGGACGUGCUGUGGCAGCUGUGACUGUACAUAAAUAAACCCU